AUGGAGGGGCUGCGGCGGAGCAUAGGGUGGCCCGCGGCGGCGCUGGUGUUGACAUGCACGGUGCUGGUGAUGAUGCCGACGGAGGCGUCUGCAUCGCGUUUCAUCGUCGGAGCUAACAUGGGGUGGACUUCAAAUGUGAACUACGCCAUUUGGACUAAAGGCAAACAUUUCCAUCUCGGCGAUUGGCUCUUCUUCGUGUAUGAUAGGCACCACGUGAAUGUGCUUGAGGUAAACAAGAGAGAUUACAUGAACUGCAAUUCCAAUCACCCCCUUCACAACUGGACCGCCGGUGCUGGAAGGGACGUUGUUCCUCUCUAUGUUACAAAAACUUACUAUUUCAUUAGCGGAAAAGGAUUCUGCCGUAGAGGCAUGAAAGUAACUAUUCGCGUUGAAAAACCGCAGCCCCGAUCAUCAACUUUCAACUUUGCCAUAAAAGAUUGA